CUUCGAGACCUCCAUAUCGGUCUAGACCCGUUGGGAUUGACGGAGUACGCCGUUCCGCAUCUAGCGGCGGGGUUUCCGAGAAGGCUGGCCAAGAUCUUACGGCACGUCAAGAAACUUGAUCGUCUCGAGAUGCAAUUGCCGGGACUACCUCUCAGGAUUCAUGAGAACUUCACAGAGCUGCAGUUGCCGGAUCCGAUACCCGCAUCGCUGGAGACUUUGGGGUCGCUGGAGCUAGAGAUCCCGUUCUGCACCAUCGACCACGAGUCUCUACGAGCCACUGCAUGGUUCGGCUACCUCGCCUGGCUCUGCAAAACACCGUCCAAUUUCAAUCGACUCGCCAUAACCAUGACCUGGUUGCCAUCUCCUUUUGCUUACGGUCCCCCCAAUCCUUUUCCUUACGGUCCUCCCAGUACACGCUCUAUCUUAGACUCGAUGGGUCUCAGCGGGGUAGAGGAGACGGAUGGCGGGACCAGGCUCAAAGGCUCCGAAGAGAGUGCGGUCUCGGACCUUCAGGAUUACUUUCAACACCUACUGGAGAGUCAUCAGGCGCUCGAGGUCGUUCACUUCAGAUGCUGGGCACUUCUGCCUCUCGAUGAGCGAGCUCCACCCGUACUGUUCCGCGACAUGAUCGGAGUCAAGAAGCGCCAAGCCUCGGUGAACAACUCCGUUGUCACUGCGUUCGAUGACCGCAUUAUAUUCGACACCGUCGACAGGAUCAUCCGGGAUACUCAAAAGAGAUCGAAACAAGCCGUGGCCCUACCACCUAUCACGAUACACGGUCCAGAUGGUCCUCUCAACAUGGCGGAUGCGUUCCCUCCCGAGCUUGCCGCUCACGCUGCUGCAGCCAUGAACCAGAUGAUGGCAAAUUUCGUGCCUGGAAUUGCUCCGCUUGUGCAGCCUCCUGUGAACACCCAGCCUUCCGAAGAUGAUGAGUGGGAAGAGACAGGAUAACGAUGUCUCUCGUGAGUCACUUUGUUCUCAUCCAUAGAGACGGGUACUGAUCACCCGAUUAUUGAUUUAGCCCUAACCCUACACACACUUUCAUAUCGCACGAAUCAUCACUCGAAAUCCCUAGCUAAACCUCGCUCUGCCGGCACUUUACGAAUACGCAACCCUUACGAAUAUGAACAAGCCGUGACAGAUUUCAACCUGUCUUAGUCGUACGGUCCUAUUUCACGACCAUUUCAUACCACGCCGAAUGUCCUCUUACAUAGGUCUAUAUGCAUGCAAUAUUAGGAUGAUGCAGUUCAAACAGUACUCCAGGAGCUGCUACUCAACUCGCCGACUGGGCCCAAGCCGCCAGCCCUCGAUACGAUCCCAUCCGAAGAGGUUAUGUGAAGCCGAGUCCUCACGCAUGUUAUAAUGACCAAAGAUCCAGUUGACGUCCAG